AUAGCAAACGCCGAACCGCGUCCGUCGGGUUUUCGCAUCGUUAAAUUGGUAUGGCGUUCCGCGUUCAUUACAGACCUAUCACCGGACUACGCACCACGUCGUUGGUCCGAUUGCCGAAUCUGCCGUUAACCGGUUAACUGCGAAUUACUCCUUUUCGCGUUCCGACCAACGCCGACAGACAACAAUACAACAUCCGGUCCCGGAACAGCGAACGAAGAGUAAUCGACAUACUGUAUUUCGCUUCAAAGAUAAGUGACAAGCUAUGGGCACGUAUCUGAGCAAACCGAUCACCGACAAGGAAUCCCAUGACACCGACAACGGGUGGCUGUCUUGCGGUUCCAGUUCCAUGCAGGGUUGGCGCGAGUCUCAAGAGGACGCGCACAACUGUCUGUUGGACUUUGACAAGAGUGUGGCACUGUUUGCCGUGUAUGAUGGACACGGUGGUGCUGAAGUUGCUCAGUAUGCAGCUGAAAAAUUACCUUCCUUAGUUAAAAACACUUUGUAUGAUACUCAAGACUAUGAACAAGCCUUGAUAAAGGCAUUUAUGGAUUUUGACGACAGUCUAAUUGAGUCACCCAGUAUUGAAAGAUUAACUGCUCUCCGAGAAGAUGUUAAUGAAGAAUGUGCUGACGAAGAAGAAGAAAGAGAAGAACUCAAUGAACUUUAUGAAGAAGCUAAAAUACCAAUUGAAGAUAUAUUAUUAAAAUAUAAAAAUAAAAUAAUUGAAAAUAUGGAAAAGAAAAAAGAAAGUGAAAACGAACCUAGUUCUUCAAAAGAAUCUUUUACGCCAUUACUAAAAUCUAUUGUUGAAACAAAUGAUGCUUGUGGUUCUAGCAGCAGCAUAACUGUUAAAGAUGACGAUAAAACAAAUGUUGGUAAUGGAAUUGAUGAAUGUAAAUCUGAAGAUUCAACUGCUGAAAGUUCAUCAAAUGCUAAAGUCAAUGGCUCGUCAAAUGAUGAUGAGAAUGAUAAAACUGAAAACUUUGUUGCUGAAAGUAGUGGUGUAGUUGAAUGGGGCCCUGGUUGUAGUAAUGGACGAAAUAGUAUCGAACAAAUUCCUGGAACUUUGAAUAUAAUUAAUGACGAUUCAGAAGACGACACAGAUGUUGAUGAUGAUGAUGAUGAUGAUGAGGAUGAAAUGUUUGAAGCUUCAAUAAAUAAAUUAGAUGAUGAAUCAGAUUCAGAAAGUGAUGAAGAAGAUGAUGAUGAAGAAAUCCCGAGUAAUAGUUUCAUUUAUGAAGAUGACGAUGAAGAGGAUAAGCCAGGAAAAGAUAGUGGUUGCACAGCAGUCAUGGCUUUAUUAGUAAAUAAUAAACUUUAUGUUGCUAAUGCUGGGGAUUCAAGAUGUGUUGUUUCUGUUGGGGGUAAAGCACAUGAUAUGUCAAAAGAUCAUAAACCUGAAGAUGAACUAGAGUUAAAGAGGAUUUGUAAAGCUGGUGGCAGAGUUUCAAGCGAUGGACGAGUGAAUGGAGGCUUAAAUCUGUCUAGAGCCUUGGGUGAUCAUAAUUAUAAAAAAAAUAAAGAUCUUCCAAAUACUGAACAAAUGAUAACAGCUCUACCUGAUGUAACUGUCUUAGAUAUAACACCAGAUAAUAAUAAUUUUAUAGUGUUAGCUUGUGAUGGUAUCUGGAACUCAUUAAGCAGCCAGGAAGUUGUCGAUUUUAUUUUGGAACGUAUCAACAAACCAGAUGUCAAAUUAUCAUCAAUUUGUGAAGAACUGUUUGAACAAUGUUUGGCACCCAAUACAUUAAGUGAUGGUACUGGCUGUGACAAUAUGACAUGUAUCAUUGUCAAGUUAAAACCUAAUCAAAAGCGUUCUCGUACAGAUGACAAAGAAGAUGAUUCAGAAGGUGGCGAGUGUAAAAAACUUAAAUCAGAUUCAAUUGAACCUGAAUCUGUACAUUAAUGUUCCUCCUGGUAUUGAAGUUUUGGUUUGACGAGCUGUUUGUAUUUGUUUCUGAAUUUUACAGACGCAUGCGACUGAUUUAUGGAUUAAUUUAUUUUCUUAAUUUUUAACAAGAAAAAACAUGUAUCUUAUAAUUUAUAUAAUAAUAUUAUUGUAGUGUAGUUUUAUUAUAUUUUUCAUAAUUAAAAUUUCAUAUGAUAAUAAAGUUAUUUUAUCAUUUUAAUUAUAAUGUACAUAGUUAUUAAAUAAUUUGACAAGUA